UAGCUUGAUAUAAUGAACACGCGCUCAGAGUGUUCCGUUUGAACUGUAUGAUUGCCAAAUGUCGAGAUAGAGCCUCUCACGCGACCCGUUUUCUUUUUUUCUGGACAGACUCCUUACCGUAUUUCAAGGUAGUUGACUGUGGCAGAUCGUUGCUGAACCGCACGCUAUACUCAGGGUUCCGUGCUAAGGUUUCGGGCAGGUAGAAGCUAUACGGUGCAUUCCAGAAAGUGGUGAACAGUGCCGUGCCGUGCGCCUUGCCUGCAGUGCGUGUAUUCGGAGCGCAGAAAAGAUACACUCGUGUAAGAAAUGGCCGGGGCAGGAAACGGCUCUGACUUUGGGUACCAGUACUCCAACUCUGCGUUGCUGAACAACAGUGUAUACUGUUUGAACUUGAGUGAUAACCUGACUCAACUGGACGCCAAUAAUUCGAGAUGUGACCCGCCAGUGCAGGAUAAAGGUUCGACGCCCGUGGUCAUCGCCAUCAUCAUCACCGCGGUUUACUCUAUCGUUUGCGUGGUGGGGGUGGUCGGCAAUGUCCUGGUCAUGUAUGUGAUUAUAAGAUACACCAAAAUGAAAACGGCCACCAAUAUCUACAUAUUUAACUUGGCGCUAGCAGAUGCACUGGUCACAAGUACACUGCCCUUCCAGAGUGUCAACUAUCUGAUGGGCACCUGGCCUUUCGGGGACAUUCUGUGUAAGAUCGUCAUGUCCAUAGACUACUACAACAUGUUCACCAGCAUCUUCACCCUCACCACCAUGAGUGUCGACCGCUACAUUGCCGUGUGCCACCCAGUCAAGGCCUUGGACUUCAGGACGCCGCGCAACGCCAAGAUUGUCAAUGUGUACAACUGGAUCUUGUCCUCGGCCAUCGGGAUCCCCGUCAUGAUCUUAGCCUCCACUGUUGUUGACGAAAGGGGGUACAACACUCCUGCUCCCAUCGUUGACUGCAACCUUAAGUUCCCCCACCCGUCCUGGUACUGGGAGAACCUGGUGAAGAUCUGCGUCUUCAUCUUCGCCUUCGUCAUGCCCGUCCUCAUCAUCACGGUGUGCUACGGCCUGAUGAUCCUGCGGCUGAAGAGCGUGCGCAUGCUGUCGGGCUCCAAGGAGAAGGACCGCAACCUGCGGCGCAUCACGCGCAUGGUUCUCGUGGUGGUGGCCGUCUUCAUCAUCUGCUGGACGCCCAUCCACAUCUUCGUCAUCAUCAUAGCGCUGGUGGCCAUCCCGCCGUCGCUGCUGCAGACGGUCACCUGGCACUUCUGCAUCGCGCUGGGCUACACCAACAGCUGCCUCAACCCCGUGCUCUAUGCCUUCCUGGACGAGAACUUCAAGCGCUGCUUCCGCGAGUUCUGCAUCCCGACCCCGUCGGUGCUGGAUCUGCAGAACUCGUCGCGAACGCGGAACCCACCAGGGGGGCGUGAUGGCCAGUCCACGGGCCAGACAGUGGUCCGGAGCAACCAGCAGGUAUGACUAGCCGUGGAGACGUCGUCGGUGGAGGUGUGCGGGCAGCCCAGUGACGACAUGAAUUCCGAGCUCACGCUGGAGACCACAGGGCUGUAAGCCCUAAACUUGCGUGGUGAUCUGUUUCACACACACACACCAUGCACACACACACACACACCAUGCACAUGCACACACACACACCCCAUGCACACACAUGCAUAUUCAAAAAGAGCAUACACAUAGAGAGCCAUGCCAAUCGAAAUGGUGAUACAAGCUUUGGCUGCAGUCAGCUUGCAAGCCCAGUAAGGCUUGCCCUUCGCUUUUUUCCAUUUAAUGUACUAAUACAGUAUGGUUUUAGUAAAUGUCAUGUGUUGUUCGGGGAAAGGAAUUCAUGUUUCAACUUUCACAAAGAGUCUUGGAAGUCAUUACAAAAAGCUAUGUGCUGUCUGCUAUAUAUGUUCUGCAGAAUGUAUGGUUUGGUAUUGUCUGUAAUUUGUGUUUACAGAGGUUGUUUGUUUGCUUUUUAAAUGCUCUUCCGUUUUGUAAAGUGGAUCUUUGGCCUUUUUGUUCUAGGUAGUUACCAGUGCAAAGACUAACAAACUAUUUCUUCAACAUGUGCCAUUGAAUAUUGUUGUAUACUGAAACUACAUUCAAUUUAUAUAAUAUAUUGAAUAUUUAUAAAAUAAAGAUGAACAGUUCAACUUCAGCCUUGAAAGCCUUUAAAAUGGCAUGUGUAAAUAGUUCAGUUAGUUUCAUGUAAAUAGUAUGUUUUAUAUAUUUGAAAUACUACACAAUGCUUUGGAUGGUUUAAUUAAGCUCGUAUUUGAAAUUGAAAUGUAGUAAUGUACCCAUUUUCAAAAUGUCGGCAGUCUUAAAUAACAGCACGCAUUGUUUGUGGACUCCAAAGGAUUCCGGUGACAAUUGUGUCAGAGCUUUGUGACACAGCGAUCGAUGCUUGUCAUGUUUCAGUGGUGCCGUGCGUUUGUUGCACUGUGGACAUGCUGUCAUUGUGCUAUUGAAAUGAUAGAAAUGUUAGUCAAAGACAUUUGUUCUUGUGUAAUGAAUCAUGUUACACCACUUAUUUUUCAAUAUGCAUGAAUCCAAAUGUUACAUUUUGAUGUGAUAAUAAUCACAGUUGAUCAAUGAGUAUCAUUGUACAUGAUAAAUUAUGGCUUUGAAUGUUUUUAUACGAAAUAAGUACUUAAAUAAAUCCAUCUCAGUAUACUGAACAUACUGCGUUUAUGUUGCAUUUGGGGUAUACUACUUUGUCUGGAAUGUUAACAAUAUGAGUGAGUGACGUGAUGACAUUUUAUAACUAGGUGGAAUCUAAUCUCAUUAAUCUUCCUGUCACUCUUUGAUGAGCCCAGAGAUAAAAUGAAGCACCACUGCUUAUAUGUAUCCUAGUGUGGUGGAUUUUGGGGAGAACUCAGAGUUGUCCUUUUUCUGCUUCAAAGCGACAAGACGCCACUGACAAUCCAAAUACCACUGAGAGGCAUUAAACAUUCAUUACACAACUGAGAGGUGUUCACUUUACCACUGAGAGGAAAAUGGUGGCUUUCCCCUUUAAACAGCCACCGUUGAUAACAACUGACUCUAAGAUAAAGAGGGGAUUUGCUGCUUCCCCGCCACAUCUGGGCCACGCCAUCACAGGCUGGCGUCGGUCUCUCCUCAGAGCGCUCCUGGCAGCUACAUCUGCAGGGGCGGCUGGCUGGCUCCUUUAUUACCAGAUUCUUUAUUAGGGGGCAUCUCGGCUGGCUGAGCCCCAGUAAUUUGAUUUCGUCAUACGCUGAAAAUCAAAUAAUCGUCCUCAUUGUACAGUGUUUGUAACCCCACUUCCCACAAGCUCCUUUGCAGGAACUGUUCCAGAUAAAAGGUGGCUGGGGGACUUGCUUGAGGGAAAUUAAAGGGGAGACAGCCGAGGUGUUUGGAACCACUGCAACUUUUGUGUGUGUGUAAGACCCUUUGUGCACCUCUGCACUACUGGCUGUAGGCUAUGCUAUAUUUUAUGCAUACCUGUGGAUGUGUCUCUACAGCCAUCAUUUCCCUGAUGUGACCUCGGCAGACAAGUUUCUUUCUCUGCCACAUUCUUAUCAGCCUGUUAGGCAAACUCUACAGAACUGACUGCAUGAGUGCCACUUUGCCACACUCAUGUUAGCAGUGUUAAUUAAAUGUGCCACAUUUGCCCUUUCAGUAUCCUCAUAGGGUUGAUGAAGAUGGUG